UCAAGUUUUUUAAUGGAAACUACAUACAUUUAUUUCUGAUGACAACAUAUACAUUAAGGAACAAACAACCUUAAGUGUUUUGUCCACUUGAGGGCAGCAGAGCCAGUGUUCCCCCUCUUUUAGCUCUGUGUUUGGUCUCCACCAGCUCCUCUUUAGCUGCUAAAUGUUGCUCUGUGUUCACCAGAGGACAGAGGCUUCAUCAGAGUGGUGAGAAUGUGAGAAUAAAUGAGCUCCACAGAGCUGGAGUUUCUGCGGUUUCUAAUGACCACAAUUCAGUAGUGUAAUUGAUGCGUGUUUUCAGAAAGCUGCAAGUCUAACAUCUACGCUAAAGGAUGUCUGUAGGCUACAUGAUGCAAAAAUGUUUCAUUGUCCACUUUUAAGGCUCUUUCAGCUGCAUACAGUACUACAGUACUGUGCUGGUCUUAUAUCAGACUGGUUCUGUUUCAGUGUAUGUGAAAUCUAAAUGGUCACAUGCAGUUCCAGUGGACGGCUGUGGAGGCAGUGAAACCAUUCAUCUUUGAGUUAAUGGUGUCAGUGAUUUGACUGUUAUUAUCAGUGCAAAGAUGUGUUUCAUGAAUAAAUGUGAGGGUCAUCUUUUCCUCUGGGUGUAGGAAAACAUCAGACUCUUCAAAGUGUUGUGACGUCACGAGAUUAUAGAUAAUUAAAAAUACAAUAUGACCACUCAGUUAAUGACCUCAAUACAGAACUUCUCUUCAUACUGUCCCUAAAGGUGAUGAUGAUGAUGAUGAUGAUGAUGAUGAUCUGAGGAGGAGGGGGGAGGAGGAGGAGGAGGGAUAUCUCCAGUUAAUAACCCCUGCCUCCUCUGCCUGUCAGCAUCAUGAUCACAGAGUGUGCCGGGACCUCCUCACCAGCGGAGCCGCGCCAUGAUGACUGUCCGCGGGCAGAGCUGCAGCCCGGUGACGCCUGACAUUUCCUGCGUCCAAUAGCUGAUUCCUCCGAGCAGCGCGGCGUGAAGCUGGAGCCCGGGCUCCAACACACACACACACACUCACUCAGUCACACACUCACCGAGGCUGCUCUGUCCACGUCCCUCCGGGGCUGCUGCUUCCGUCUGGGGAUUCAAACUUGAGGGACUUUACCGUCGCAGGCGGAGAACAAAAGGCGGUUGGACGGCCGGUGUGUCCGCCUGGUGUGAAUGUAGCGGCGGGCACGGAGUCUGUCUGCGGGGCGCACAGCGGUGCUGCUGGACCAGCCGAGGACGCACCAGGUCCAGUCCCACAUCUCCUUCUGCCCCCUCCGGUGUCACGAACACAACCAACAUGAUCCUGCUCGGGACUGUGCUGGUUCUCUUCUUCUCAGAUGUGUUGCCAUCCUCAGCACCCAUCUUCCCCUUCCCUCCCUCCCCCACUGAUUGUGUUGAAGCUCAUCGGGGAUGCUCGGCUGACCCCCGGUGCGAGGCGCUGUACCGGGGCUUGGAGCUGUGCGCGGCUGACGCAGCAGUGUCCCCGCUGGGGGAACAGGCAGCAUCCGAGUGCCUGGAGAGACAGGAUGCUCUGCUGGCCAAACACCCGGCUCUGCUGGCCUGCAAGUGUCAGCGCGGCUUUCGCAAGGAGGAGCAGUGCCUGCGCAUUUACUGGAGGGUCCGCCUGCUCCCAGGAGAGGAUGAGCUGGAAAUAUCUCCUUAUGAUGACACUCUAAUGGAUACUCGCAUGGCGUCCUUAGUGGCCGCAUCAUCUUACACCCAGCUGGAUGGUGAGAACCAGUGCCUGAAGGCAGCUCAGGACUGUGGCCUGUAUGAGAAGUGUGGCUCCCUGCGAUCGGAGUAUGUCCUGGCCUGCACCAAGCGGGUUCCCGGGUCCAACCGGUGCAACCAGCACAAGUGCCACCGGGCCCUGCGGCGCUUCCUGGAGCGGGUCCCUGAGGAGUACAGCCUGGGUGUGCUGUUCUGCCCCUGCACCAACGCCCUGUGUGGAGAGAGGAGGAGGAAGACCAUCGUACCCUCCUGCUCCUACCAGGACAUGGAGGGACUCCAACCCAACUGCCUCCACCAACAAAGUUUCUGUCGCCGUGACGACCUCUGCAGGUCCAGACUGGCUGACUUCCUUAAUAACUGCCAGCCCUCUCCUCUGACAGCCAGUGGCUGUCUGAAAGACUCAGCAGGACUCUGCCUCCGAGCCUACGCUGGACUCAUUGGAACCAUCAUGACGCCCAACUACAUCAGCAACAGCUCAGCUGAUGUGUCGCUGUGGUGCAACUGUGAGGGCAGCGGGAACCAAUGGCAGGACUGUCUGAGGCUGCAGCGCAUGUUCACCCACAACAACUGUCUGCGUAACUCUAUCAGCUGGAUGGGGAGCCCCGGCUCCCUGCCUGCAGACAUCACCCCCCCUCCUGCUCCCAGACCCUCCCCGUUGGUUCAGGAGGAUGAGCUGCUGAGAAACAACCACCUGCCUGAGCACAACAACAUUGUGGUGGAGAGUGAGGAGGAAGAGCAGGAGCUGACACAGACAGAGGAGGAGGGUGAUGAAGGUGGCCAGUUUGAUGUCAUCCCUCUGUACUCAGAGAGGGCCACCGUCUCCAACCUGGGCUCCUCUGGGACCGGAGUGGCUCCAAGCCUCAACACUGGCCCCGCUAAACCCACUGUACUGCUGCUCCUGCUCCUGUCUGCCUCCCUCAGCUGGGGGUAGAGUGGGGAUACAGACAGACAGACACACACACACACACACACACACACACACACACACACACGCACACACACACACACACACACACACACACACACAUACACACAAGUAAUGGACCCUCUAACAAUCGUGGACUUAUUGCUGUAAAAUGAUAAGAAACAUGUGAAGAGAUGGACUUCACCUUUUGUCAGUAGCAUCCCCUCAGUCCUUCACUUCCUUCCUUGCUUCCGUCCUUCCUUCCCUCUCUGCUUUGGUCAACAUGGUCUGACUGCAGCUGCAGUGGUGCAUUAACGUCCUGCAGACAGGUGAGCAGGUGUGUGCAUGCUGCCAUCAAUGAGCUUCACGUAGAUAUUCAGUAUUCUGUUAGUGUGAGCGGCUCCUCAGGUGUUAGCAUGCUAACAUUAGCCCAGGUGUUUUAGUGGGAUGAAACACUGGCUUGUAGGUAAUGCUGUGUUGUUGUGAUGUCAUACAUGUCACAACAGCCUGAAGAGAAACAACUGACAAGUCAAACUCCUCCUCCUCAGUCUGGAUAUAUCCUUCAGCUGUAGCUGCAGCUGCCAAUCAAUAACAGGUCUGAGGUGAAAGAUGGUCCCAUGUGUCCUCAGUCCUUGAUCCUCACUCCUCUAUCCUCAGUCCUCAAUCCUUGAUCCUUAGUCUUUUGUCCUAAGUCCUUUGUCCUCAGUCCUCACCCCUCAGCCCUGACUCCUCAGUCCUCACUCCUUAGCUCUCACUCCUCAGCCCUCACCCCUCAGCCCUCACUCCUUAGCCCUGACUCCUCAGCCCUCACUCCCCAGUCCUCACUCCUUAGCCCUGACUCCUCAGCCCUCACUCCCCAGUCCUCACUCCUUAGCCCUCACUCCUCAGCCCUCACCCCUCAGCCCUCACCCCUCAGCCCUCACUCCUCAGCCCUGACUCCUCAGCCCUCACUCCUCAGCCCUCACCCCUCAGCCCUCACUCCUUAGCCCUGACUCCUCAGCCCUCACUCCUCAGCCCUCACUCCUCAGCCCUCACUCCUCAGCCCUCACCCCUCAGCCCUCACUCCUUAGCCCUGACUCCUCAGCCCUCACUCCCCAGUCCUCACUCCUUAGCCCUCACUCCUCAGCCCUCACCCCUCACCCCUCAGCCCUCACCCCUCACCCCUCAGCCCUCACCCCUCAGCCCUCACUCCCCAGUCCUCACCCCUCAGCCCUCACCCCUCAGCCCUGACUCCUCAGUCCUCACCCCUCAGCCCUGACUCCUCAGUCCUCACCCCUCAGCCCUGACUCCUCAGCCCUCACUCCCCAGUCCUCACUCCUUAGCCCUCACUCCUCAGCCCUCACUCCCCAGUCCUCACUCCUUAGCCCUCACUCCUCAGCCCUCACCCCUCAGCCCUCACCCCUCAGCCCUCACUCCCCAGUCCUCACCCCUCAGCCCUCACCCCUCAGCCCUCACCCCUCAGCCCUCACUCCCCAGUCCUCAGCCCUCAGCCCUCACCCCUCAGCCCUCACCCCUCAGCCCUCACCCCUUAGCCCUCACUCUCCAGUCCUCACCCCUCAGCCCUGACUCCUCAGCCCUCAGCCCUCACCCCUCAGCCCUCAUCCCUCAGCCCUCACCCCUCAGCCCUCACUCUCCAGUCCUCAUUCCUCAGUCCUCAGUCCUUGCUCCUCAGUCCUCACUCCGCUGUUAGUUAGACUGAUUGGGACACACUGUAUAAAUGUAGACUUUUAUUAAUGUAAAAAGAAACUCUGCUGCUGUCAGCAGUCUCAUUGUGUUCACAUUCAUCCUCAUGAUGAGUGAGGAACCAGGACAGAGACGAUGUGAGUGCUGCAUGCUGGGUGUUCCUCUGUUCCUCCGCCUGGAUGUGAAUACCCCACAAAUAUAGAAAUGCCCCCGGCUGCAGUCAGACCUUGUUUUUUCUUCUGUAAAGAAAAAGAUUACAUUUUGUUUUGAACGUAUUGAUAGAUGAAGACUCGUCCUGUGUAGGAGACUCACCUGUGUGUGGGUCACCUGACAGCAGCAGAGUGAAAGGACACUGAUUUACAGUGCAUUAGUCAAACUUUAUCAUGGUGAUGAAUGGACUGAGUCUGCUCUUUCUGUUCAACAGCCAUGGUGAAAGACAAAUUACACACUUGUCUCUUAUUGUUUAAUGAACAUGAAGCACAGGGUGUGUGAUGUGUGUGUGUGUGUGUGUGUGUGUGGGAUCAGCAGAGACUGCAAACACAACUGGGUAAAGCUUUUUGUUAUAAUUUAAAUCUUCACUUCAUCAUUUCCACCCACGUCAGCACACACACACACACACACACACACACACAGCACCUGCCAUUUAUUGAGCCAAUGCAGCUCUUUCUUGCUUUAUUGCUCCUUCCCUGUCCCCCCCACCCCACUGACUCAGGACCAGGACCAGGACCAGGCUGCCACAGGCUCUGAUAUGAAUAAAAGCAACAUUAUAAAAACAACACACCAGAAACAAUAUGAGCUCUAAAACAGCAGAACAAAUCAAAUGACUCCCCAGCAGGCGAAAACACACAGUACCAUUGACACCGACACAGAGAGAAAGGGGGGGGGGGGGGAUUCAGAACAAAAUAAGGCCGAGUCCCUGUGUGGUCUUUGUGCGUUUGAUGUUUUACUUGUUUAUAGUUGGGGGCUGAUAAUCAGUCCCUGACAACAUCUCUUUAUCAUCUGACAGGCUCCUGGGGGGGUGCAGGGUUGGUGGGGGAUGGGAGGUUUGCAAGGUGGGUGGUGGGGGGGUAUCAGGCAGUGAUAGAAAUAGAGCAGUAUAGUGACAACAGAAGGGCCCUGGAGCACAAACAUCUUCAGCAGCUCUUGAUUCUCUGUGUCUUAUAAAUCUUUUGCUGACACUAAUGUUUUUCUUCCUCAUUCCUUCCUAUUUCUGGGGAACGUGUAGAAUUAACUUCAUCUGCAGGGGCGCCAGAGAUGGUGGAGGGCAUGGAGACAAAGGAGGGGGGGGGGGGGGACAGAAAAUAGAGGAGAGCGUCAAGAAAAAGAGGAUGAAAGAAAAGAAGAGGUGGGAGGAGGAAGGAGGAAGGAGAGGAACAAAAAAGAAAAAGCAGAAACGACGCAGAAGCAAAUAAGUGGAAAAGAAAAAGAUGGAAGGGGCAAAGAGAAAGAAAGAGAAGAGGAUAAAAUAAACAAGAUAAGAGCGAGAGGUGAGGAAGAAGAGGGGAAGGAAGACAGGCUGAUGAAGAGGACAGUUGAGAAGAAAGGAAGAAGAGAAGGAGAGGAGGAAUAAAGAGACCGGUGGAGUCAGACUAUACAAAACACUGAAAGGUGAAAAGGAACAGAGAAAGGAGAGGGCAAGGAAAAAAGGAUGAGCAGAGAGAAUAAAGACGAAGAGAAAAAGGAGGCACAGAGGAGGAGGAGUUCUUCUUUCUGAAGCCACUGAGGACACGAACUACAAAAGAAAAGAAAGGAUGAGGAGAGAGAAAGAGAGAGAGGGGAGAAAGGUCUGCAUUGAACUUUAACCUCUCUUUGUCUGCUGUUGUGUACAACUGCUGAGAAACACACACACAGACCUACACCUCAGUGUGUGCAUCUGUGUGUGUGUGUGUGUGUGUGUGUGUGUCAGUCUCAAACUAAACCUGUCCAUCAGUGAAAGUCACCUGGUCUGUAAACACUGAUGAUGUGAGGAGGAGUUUGCUGAAGUCAGAAACAGUAAUCAGGCUGUGAUCUAACAGAGGACUGAUUACAAUGAAACAUUCAUUUAUUGUAAUGACUGUAUUCAUUAUAUAGAUGCAGGUCUUGACAGCUGUGUAAAGGUUAAAGAAAGCUCGUCAUCACACUCAAGUCAUUUAACUCAAAUUCAGACUCAAGCAGGAGAAAAUAAAUUCCACAUAUUGUCAAAAAAUGUCAUGAACAGAUUCAGACUGAGACUCCUCUGAGCCUCAGAGCUCCACACACAUUAACACACAUCAGUCCAUCACACAUAUGUUCCCUCAUCACCAUCCACACACACACUGGAGUUUAUUCUGACUCAGUCCUGCACACACUGUCCUGCUGUCACAAAUACUACAGCACUAAAUGUGGAUUAAUCCGCUGCUGAAAAUAGUCCCUCAUAAAAGCACUUUUUGCUCCUGUGUGUUUGUUGGAAACUACAGGGAUCAGCUUUUCAAGAUUUUAUUAAACAGGAAUAAACACAGCAUAUUGCUGGGCCCUAUAUUCCCCACCCCCUCUGCAUGCGUUCUGGGCUCAUGUAUGUAAUCAACCUUCACUGAUGCGACUCAGCAUCAGCCCACUGAAAAGCUAGAGGGCUUUUAAUUUGAAACGAAUACAGGAAGUGUUGACUAAUGCAGUAAGGUUAACAGGGCAAACAGGAGUGCAUCAAAGUGAGGCUUCAUACUAAUACCAUUAUUACCAAUUCCACAUGUCAAAUUGAGGGAAUUAGAAAUAAAGACGUGUCUAAUAAAGACUGUAUUGCUGGGACUGGAUUUUGCAUUUUGAAACAAGUCAGAGACCUGAUCACAUCUGGUCGUACCUGGUCAAACUAAAUCUAUUUAUUUCCAUGAAACUGCUCCAGACCCCCCCACAGAUCCCCCCCGCUGCUGUUCAUAGAAUUUCACCUCCUCCCCCCAACAUCCACCUGUGAGCUCAGACUCCAUGUUCCCAUUGGGGACAAGUUAGUCAUGUCCACUUGCUCUGUGAGCUUGAUGUUUCCUCGUGCAGAGUGAAGGUCACAGCCUGGAUGUCAAUGAUCAUCAUUUACAUAACAUUUACAUUGUGGUCUGUUCCAUGUGGGUCAGCUGACUGACCACGUUUGAGGUGAAGAUAUCCCUCCAUCUCCCCCUCACCCCCACCUCCUACCACCCAAUAGUAGGGGUUAAUUGAGAUCAGCAGGGGAGGGCAGGCGAGUGAUUGACGGGGGCCAGCGGGGGCCAGAGCGACGGCCCUUUACAGGGGAAACCAUUGUUCAUAGUAAUUGACUCAGCUGUUUGUCGUCCAGUGGCAGGACAACAUGAGGGGAGAGAGAGACAGAAAGAGAGGGAGAGAGAGGGAGGGAAAGGUGGGAGUGGACACCAGUGAUUUACAUUAAUAUGUACUGAAAUAAACAAGUGGAGAAGCCAUGCAUUAAAUCAACCCAGAGAGAGAGAGGGAGAGAGUGAGAGAGAGAGAGAGAGCCUCCAGGGUGAGGAGGAGGAUGUGUGUGUGUGCUUGGAAAGAAGCAUCUUUUAUUGUUCUAUUACUGUGCAGUAUAUUUACACACAGGAAAGUGCACACACACACACACACACACACACACACACACACGCACACACGCGCACACACACAAACACACAGACACACACAGACACACACACACACACCAUGUCAGAUUUGAGCAUCUAGUGUGUCUGCUUUCUCUCUCCAGUAUUUUAGUAUUCUAAUCCAUCAUUGGCCUGACAUGGGGAAGCUGUCUCUCUCCUCUCUCUUCUCUCUCUCUGCCUGUGUCUCUCGCUCUCUGUCCUCUCUCUCUGUCUGUCUCUCUCUCCAUGCUGCUGCACAUACACCGCAUCCAAACGCAAGAUAAAGACGGAGCAGGGGGAAAAACAAACUCCACAGCAGGGAGAGCUUUAUCCACAGAGAUAAAGUGGCGGAAUAAAGCGGCGACAAAGAGAUGUAGAGGAAGUGAAAAAGAUGGAAAGAGAGGGAAAACGGGGGGAUGGAGCAGAGGCAGAGAAAGAAAAGGAAGGGGUGGAAAUGGAAGUGGGGAAAGCAGGGAGAAGAGGGAAGUGAAGGCAGAGGGGGAGGGGUGGUGGGGUGAGAGAGGAAAAGAUAGAGACAGAGAGAUGUGUGUGUACGUGUGUGUGUGUGUUUGUGUGUGUAUGUGUGUGUUGCAGUGUGUGGCGGCUGUAGUCCUCCCUGCUCCAUUUCACACUCUGUAGGUCCUGAAGCAUCGGCGCUCAAAGACUCACACACACACUCACACAGAGACACACAGGCUGUGUCCUUUUUCAAUUUCUAAUUCACACACACAUAUACACAAAACACACACACUGGUUUGCCACCAUUUCUCAGUUUUCUCAGUCAUGCUUGCAGAUAAACAAAGAUCCACAAACACACAGUCACUGUCACUAAAGUCCUGCGGCAGCUGGACCUCUCUCUGCUGUCAGUCACAAACAUCUCAUCUCUAAAACAUGUCAGUGCUGUUUGAACUGGUGAGGUCACAUGGUUCAGUCACUGUGAGGCUUCUUCUACAGCUGCCACCUUACACCAGAGACUGACACAGAGGGAAACACAAACUGACAUUUGGAUUAACAUUUGGCCUGGUUAUAAAAUUAUAACUUUGUUGUUUCAAUAAUACAAUUUUUUUCUCAAUUAUUUACAACUGUACCUGAACCCACAGACAUGUUUUGUUACCAGUGGCCCUACAACAGAGGAGCAGGUUAUUCUGUUUUAACUGAAGCUUUAAAAGGUUCAUGUUGUUAACACUAGACAGUGUUACUAUGUUUCAUCAUGUUUUUUAACCUACUGUUUAACUUCAUGUUUGUGACAUGUUCAGCCUGGUUUACUAAAACAUACUUUACGCGGGAAACUAUUAAGGUUAGGUGCUUGCUAACUACUAGAUUAGAUGCUAGCUAACUGCUGGAUAUAGUUUAGCUGCAAGCUAACUUCUAGGUUAAGGUUAGCUACUUGUUCACUACUAGAUUAAGGUUAGAUGCUUGUUAACUACUAGAUUAGAUGCUAGCUAACUGCUGGAUAUAGUUUAGCUGCAAGCUAACUUCUAGGUUAAGGUUAGCUAGUUGUUCACUACUAGAUUAAGGUUAGAUGCUUGUUAACUACUAGAUUAGCUGCUAGCUAACUGCUCAAUAAAGCUUAGCUGCUAGCUAACUUCUAAGUUAAGGUUAGCUACUUGUUACCUGUCAGAUUAAGGUUAGACGAUUGUUAACAACUAGAUUAGCUGCUAGCUAACUGCUAGAUAAAGUUUAACUGCUGGCUAACAUCUAGGUAAAGGUUAGGUGCUUGUUAAUUACUAGAUUAGCUGCUAGCUAACCACUAGCUGAAAGUUAGCUGCUUGCUACCUUCUAGAUAAAGGUUAGCUCAGUUCCCCCUGUGUCUAAACCAAGCUGAACACUGGUUGUACUGUGUGUGAACUGAUGAUCAUCUUCUCUUCUGAUUCUGAAUCAGAUGGCAUGAGAAACAAAUGUUAGCAUUUUAUAUUUGCCAUGUUAUUACCGGUUUCAUUUUUAUUCCCACAUUGUUUUGUUGUCUGGAUGUGAACACAUCAGUAUUUAGACACUCAAAGACUGACAGACCAGAUGAAUGAGACUGUCAGUUUGGUUGAACAGUGGUCUCCAGUUACACUGAGAUAAUGAGAUAAUGUUGAUGUAAAAAAAAACAGUGUAACACAAUCAAGAGUCAAUACAAUGUCCCAGUAACACGACAUCAACCAAAGUUAGCUCCCAUGACCACCAUAACUAGUCAACCAGACUAAGUAAGACCACAGAGUGAACUGGUGAGCUCUCUUAUUAACUUGUCAUUAGUGUGAGGAAGAGUGUGUUGACUCCUCAGUCUGACUGUAGGUGGUUAUCAGCUCCUUCGCUGUAUCAGGAACUCUGUGACAGGACCUCUGGAUCAGGACUGACAGUUGCGUAACUGGUUCAGCAGCUGCGGUGGUUUUGGAAGUGGACUCAGUCACUGACCAACAUCUGGUCAAACGCACAACCUCUCCUUUCACUCUGUUGUGUUUGAGGCAGCUGUGUGUAUCGGUCAGUGUUGGACUAUGCCAGAGUGUGUGAAAAGGGAACAGUGUGUCUCUUCUGACGAGACAGUUUGUUUUUUUGUAUUAUUUCACAGACUCGUGUGAGGAUAUUUACUCUGUUGAUUUAUUUACUUGUGUAACUGUCUCACUCCUGUACACUGACUGGCACUGUUUUAAUUAAAUAUGUAGUGAAUGAGUUUUAGGACUUCCUGGAGUUUCCUGGUCCCCCCAGGUAUCCUCUCCAGGAUGCCUGGACUCCUGGACUCUCUCCUGUUGCGUCUGAACUGUUUCAGAUGUGUUCCUUUUUAGCUGGAUGUUUUUUCCGGCUGACACAGAUGCACACGCUCGUCACCAUGCAUUGCCAGGGUUACCCCCAUCUCCCCCCCGUUGCUGCACCCUGGGUGAUCCCAAAAGCUAAAUGGAGCUGAAUGAUCUGUGGAGCUCUGAUUCUUUUCAACGCUCCGACACCUGGCGACAAGCCGGCAGCCAUUUUGAGCCUUCUUUUUCCCGCUUGACUGACUGAACCUGCUCCUAUCUCCUCCUCCACCUCUUAUCCCGGCAGGUGCCUGGCUGAAUGGAAGAUCAUCGCCAUGGAGAUUGAAAUGAUGACACUCUACACUCACACACACACACACACACACACACACGGUCAGAGACUCUGUGAGCUGCUCAGUGAUUGGAUGAAAAGUUGUGUGCUCUCUUUCAUCCCUCUGUAUGAAGAUGGAUGGAUGUCUCUGUAAACCUUCCUCUGAGGCCGGGGCCCUGGAGAGAAGCAGGUGGAGAUAAAUGUCCCCCACUUAAAGAAUGUUGACUGACACCCCCCCCCUCUCUCAGUGUGUGACCCCUCCCCCCUGUGCUACUGUGCUCUCUGCCUGUUGGACUGUUGGGACUCUAACUGUUGGUAUGAACUCCAGCACAUGAGUAAAAACAUGAGUUGAAGUAAACCUGUGUAUCUCCAGGGGGCAUGUACGUGGCCCCGCAUGAAGUCUUUCUGUUCCUGAUCAUUCGUUGACCUUAAGCCCUGCUGGACGUCCCCCUGAGGGGACAGGAAACACUCUCUCAUGCCUCUGCUGUGUUCACAUGUGAAGAAUAAAAUAAAUGUACGAGCUGACAUUUCGUUACCUCCA